AUGGCUCCGGUAGGUACUGAAAAUCAAAGAAAACGACUAUUCCACUCGAGAAGUUUUGCUCAUGAGGUCCUCGAAGAAUUGGAUCUUUCUGGAAAAACGAUAGCAAUCACUGGAACAACAUCUGGAAUUGGAGUGGAUACUGCAAGAGAUCUAGUACUAAAAGGAGCCCAUAUUGUGAUGUUAAAUCGGAAUUCGGAGGAAUCUGAGAAGCAGAAAAAACGAUUCAUUGAGCAGAAACCAAAUGCACAGAUUGAUAUCGUCAAGUGUGAUUUGAAUUCGUUGGAUUCCGUUCGGAAAGCUGGAGAAGUCUAUUUGGAGAAGAAGUGGCCCCUUCACGGACUAAUCCUAAAUGCUGGAGUCAUGGGACCCUCGACAAAAAUGACAUCCGACGGAUUUGAGGCACAUUUUGGAAUUAAUCAUCUUGCUCAUUUUAUGCUCCUCCAAUAUCUUCUGCCAGUUCUCCGCUCGUCUGCACCUUCUCGUUUGGUCAUUGUCUCUUCUGCAUUGGCAAAUCGUUCAUGUGUCAAAUCCGACCAACCGAUUGAUAAAAAACUAGAAAUCCUCUGUCCAAAAGAUGCCUCUAAAAUGUAUCUCUAUCUGUACAACAGCUCAAAAAUGUGCAACAUGCUCACAGCAUUUAAAAUUCACCGGAACGAAUUUUCCAACGGAAUCAGUACUUAUUCAGUACAUCCUGGCUCUGGAGUACGUACGGACCUUCAUAGAGAUUCUGCAGUAUCCAAAGUCUUUGGGGUUAUAUCAACUCCAUUCACAAAGAAUUCGAGUCAAGGAGCAGCGACAAGUGUAUACUGUAUUGCUCAUCCGGAAGUGAAAGAAGUUUCUGGAAGAUAUUGGGAAUCGUGUUGGGAUGAUGAGAAGUCAUUGGAUAAGAAAGUGGCUAGAGAUGAGCAAUUACAGGAUGAAUUGUGGAAGAAAUCAGAGGAAUUGAUUGAGGAUUGGAAGAUGAAGAAUGAGACCAAAAUUUGA